UUCCUCCACUACCUGUCCCGCCCUGCCCAACUUAAAGAAACAGCAAGUAGAGGGGGAUGACCACUUUAGCACCUGCCCCCCUCCAUCAUGGGAAGUCACUGCUGUGUAAGAUGCCAUCAGACUCCUCCGGGUGUGGGGAGAUGUCCCCCAUAGAGGGAAGACCUGGAUGACUCUAUGGGAGGCAAGAGGUGUGAAUCAGAUAUAGAACCACUAGAGAGACAAGAGAGAGAAAGAGAAAGGCAACGAAAGGACACACAGCAGUUGCUUCUUGCAAAACAACACAAAAGAAGGGUUGAGGCAGCUAGGAAGAUCCAGGCCUGGUGGCGUGGCAACCUGGUACGCAGGACUCUGCUAGUUGCUGCCCUCAGGGCCUGGAUGAUUCAGUGCUGGUGGAGAACAAUCCUGCACAGACAACAGAAGAAGCUGCGGCAGUCCCUUCUGAGGAUAUAUGUGAUCCAGGAAGAAUCCGUGGUCAAACUCCAGUCCUGGGUUCGCAUGUGGCAGUGUCGUCAAUAUUACUGCCAAAUAUGCGAAGCUCUCUGUGUGUUUAAGCCCUCAAACAGCAGUCUUGUCAUCCAAAACAAAGACACUUUACAAUAUGGAGUUGUUUCCAAGCAGCCAGAGUUCCACAUUGAAAUCUUAUCAGUCUAAAAGCUUACAUAAUGAAGGCCUCAUUCCAGCACUUCAAUAAAUAUCUGACCUGGAUAUGUGAGUCUCAGUGAAUGCUGCAGCCAUAGGAAUUCAGCCCCAACACCAGGAACUCAUGCCCAACCCCUUCCUCCUCUACUUGGGGAAAGACUUUAGAGCAGGAGUCAAAACAGGAGAUGAUGCCAGCUUGUACUAAGAAGGUGGCAAUGGAGAUGGAGAAAAAUCAAAGGAUAUGGACUGUAUUGCAGAAACAAAGCCCACAACAUCCGCUGAUGGUCUGAUAUGGAAAGGAAUGGAUGAAGAGAAUGGAAAAGGAUUCAAAGAGGAAUUCGAAUUAAACAGAUUGGGUGAAUGACACCUCCAGAAUUGUGGAAGGAAUUCUGCAACCAAAAUCAUGGGAAGAAGCAAGUUCAUGAACUGAGUUUCCUAAGGAGUGCUGAAGUGCUGAAGCCUAAGUAAAGAGAAGACAGGAAGCAUCACAUCCGAGAAGACACUUGAGAGCUGUCUGGAGAGUACUUCCAUGGUCCCCCCCACACUGUUAUACCAAAGACAAUCUAAUUUUAUUUGUAUCUGAGGAUAAUGAAGCAACAAUUAAACCGAGGCAGUUGAAGAAGGCAAAAC